GUAUAAGACGUGUUUGCCCCGGUAGGUACCUUAUGUAUGGGGCUUCAAGAGUGGCGAAUUCUGACGGACAUAUAUAACUUGCGUGGAUAGCCGCCUGGCAGCACUCCAACCUUCCCCUUCCUUCCAAUAUCGAACAUCAGACGCGAGCGUAAGGUACCGAGCAACACGCAUACCAUGUCUCGCCAUGCCGGCCCUAUCAAAGAACUAGUAAACCUCUACGACACCACCACGGCCGCGGCAGCCGCCGAAGCCGAGAUCCUCGAGGCCGCGGGAACUGACACCACAGCGAAAACACCGGCGAAGGUGAGAUCGGCAGGCAGGGACACCGACAACAGCCCCUAUCCAUCAGUGGAUAUUUUUGCCGCGCCAUCGCACUGGACCCUGCUCGUUGCUGUGCCUGGGGUAAAGCAGGAGGAUGUUAGUCUCUGCUGGGACGACCGGAGUUCGACGCUAGCGAUCAGAGGAAACGUGGCUACGCCUGGUGGGUACGAGGAAGAGGAGAUGGGAAGGAUGGUCUUGGGGGAGCGGAAGGUGGGUGCUUUCGAGAGGGCGAUUCGGCUACCACCGGGGGAGGAAGAAGAAGGAGGAGGAAUGUUGGUUGAUGGGGAGAGAAUGACGAGCAAGCUGGAGGACGGAGUCAUGAUUGUGACGAUGCCGAAGACGAAGCCUGGGGAAUGAAUGCAGUGUUCUUCUGCGUGUAUUAGUUACCAGAUACCUACGGAAAUCUACUAGCAGUUUCGUCUGCCUACCUCAC